AUGGAGAAAAUAGCCUUAAUACAGAAUCCCUUGGAUUACAUACGACUAAACAUGGAGGAGGAAAUUUUUCUUAAAUGCAAAGGAGAACGAGAAAUAACUGGAAAGUUGGAUGCAUAUGAUAACCACCUGAAUAUGAUCCUUUCCAACGCUCGCGAAACAUACAAACAUAGUGUAGUAGAAAAUGAUGAAGAGUGUAUUAAGAAAAUGGAAAGAAAUUUAGACAUGAUUUUUGUUCGAGGAGACUCCAUCAUUUUAGUGUCAUCUGCAAUGAAAUAA